UGAGACCUCCUGUCUCAGAGGAUAUCAGAGAGGAACCUCCUACUUCAAAAGAUUAACCUCCCUGUUCGACUUGUCCUGGGUUUGUGCUCUGUCUCCAGUAAAAUGUUGAAGCUGAGCCGUUAUCUGCGACCCGCUGCGGUCCUACUCAGACCUCCUGCUGCUACUGUUCAGCCUCAGGAGUGCCUCUUCACAGGGCCUCAGCAGGAAACCCGAACCUUCUACGAGUUCCGCACCUACUGCAUCCGCCCGGACCAGAACGCUGCCUUCCUUAAACUGACCAAUGAGAAGAUCCAUCUCCGCACCGCUUACUCAGAGCUGAUUGGAUACUGGAGUGUCGAGUAUGGUGGCUUGAACCAGGUCUUCCAUAUAUGGAAGUAUGACAGCUACUCACAGCGGGCAAAAGUACGGACAGCCCUGGCACAGGACCCUUCCUGGAUGUCAGAGUACAUCUCGAAGGCCCUGCCCAUGCUUACAUCACAGGACAACGAGGUCACAUACCUGGUGCCAUGGAGUCUCCUGCAGAAACCUCCACAAGAGGGAGGUGUGUAUGAGCUGGUUUCCUUCCAGAUGCGUCCUGGGGGCCCGGCAGUUUGGGGCAGCGCUUUUCAGGCUGCAACCACUUCCCAUGAUGCACCAGGGUACGGCAAGCUGCUGGGGGCGUUCCACAGUGAGUUUGGAUUAUUAAACAGAGUUCACACCCUCUGGUGGUACGAGAGCGCCGACCAGCGAGCUGAGGUUCGACACAAGGCUCACACUGAUGCCAGAGUGGUGGCUGCAGUCAGGAACAGUGUGAACUAUCUGGAAUCUCAGAGGAAUCAGCUCAUGUUCCCAUGUCCGUUCUCUCCGAUAAAGUAGUUUCCUUCCAUCUCUGUGGAAAUGGUCUCAUGAUGCUGACAUGUGCUCUGGACUACUGAGCCAGCCUCCAUCGGUGGUCGAGCUAAUAGCAGCUCAUCAGGAUUAACCAACAUGGAGCUGUUGGUGUUUGAGUUGCAGCAACUCGGUCCAAUCCUGCUGGUGGUGGGCAGGGCUUCAAAACCUUACCAUAUACUAUAAGCCGAAGAGUUUUUGAUGGUUGUCAAAGAACUAAAAUAAAGUGAGACUGUUUAAAUGUU